AUGAGACAAAACAUUCAACUCAUUUCUUUUGCAAAAAAUGAAGUUCAUCAGCAUUUGAAGUCUCUUUCUAGUCAUACCCCCGUUGCAAUUCGUGGAACAGUACAAGCGAAAAAGAGUAGCGGUGAAGGUGAACGCGAAGGUCCAGACGUCGAGAAGAUUGAUAGUCUUGAAAUCAGCCUGACGGACAUUUGGCUCUUGAACGAGUUCUCCAAGGAGAUCAUCAUGACUGCUGAGACUGUCUUUCCGGCAGAACAGAGGCAUUUACAAAUACGGUCAGACCGAAGCCUUCGUGAAGCACUACGGUUCCGCUCAGAAGCUCGCAAGGUUUGCAGAGAGGAACUUGAAACCAUGUCUCCACCGUUCAUAGAAAUAGAGACGCCAUUGUUGUUCAAAUCUACACCUGAAGGUGCACGGGAAUUCAUAGUUCCCACUCGCCGCAAAGGUCUGGCGUAUGCUCUACCUCAAAGUCCUCAGCAGUAUAAACAGAUCCUUAUGGCCAGCGGUAUUCCUCGCUAUUAUCAGUUCGCACGCUGUUUCAGAGAUGAGGAUCUAAGGGCUGAUAGACAGCCUGAGUUCACUCAACUCGAUUUAGAAAUGUCAUUUGCCACUGGCGAAGAUGUCAUGAAUUCCAUCGAAAAAGUGAUCCGCAAGCUGUGGUCAAGCCUACUCAGUAUUGAUCUCGGCACAGAACCAUUUACUAGAAUGCCAUACCAGGAAGCAAUGGGUCGGUUCGGCUCCGAUAAACCUGACACCCGUCUUGGAAUGGAGAUUGUUAGACUUGACUAUAUGCUACCGGUAGAUCUCGUGCAAAAGAUCACUCCUCUCAAAGAUCCCAUCGUUGAAGCUUUUAAGCUAGAGAGUGAAGAUAAUGAUCCAGCCAAAACACUAGAGCUCGUUACCCGCUUCCUUGACUCCCCUGCCGGGGCGGAAUUCAACAAAAAUCCAGAGGGUGGUCCUGGAAUAUUCGUGUACGAUGCCAAGAGACCCCUGCGUGGUCUGAUGCCUUUUGGUUUUGAGGCUGCAGAGCAAGUUGAAGAGCUCUUAGAGCCAGAUCACGGCGACCUUAUCGUUUUGCAAGCACGCAAGAAUACCCCUUUCUCCGGAGGAUCAACGCCUUUAGGAGACCUUCGAAAAGCUCUCCAUUCCGAAGCUGUUAAGGCAGGUGUCAAGGAGGCACCGAAGGGCUUCAAUUUCUUAUGGAUUGUGGACUUUCCUCUUUUUUCCCMAAUUGAUGAGAAUGAACCCGGACAAGGUGGCACGGCGGGCCUCGCAUCUACACAUCACCCUUUCACCGCACCUAAAUCGGCCGCUGAUGUCGAUCUGAUGGUGACAGAUCCUGCUGCAGUAGUAGCCGACCAUUAUGACCUUGUAGUUAAUGGCGUCGAAUUGGGAGGUGGCAGCCGACGUAUUCAUGAUGCUCGUGUGCAGGAGAUUGUCUUCAGAGAUAUUCUCAAGAUGCCAGCUUCACGCUUGACUGAGUUCUCGCAUCUACUAGAAGCACUCAAAGCUGGAUGUCCACCUCAUGCCGGUAUUGCGCUCGGAUUCGAUAGAUUGAUUGCUAUCAUGCUAGGCAAGGAAUCUGUCCGUGACGUUAUUGCAUUCCCAAAGUCGGGCAAAGGAGAGGAUGUCAUGGUAGGUUCUCCCAGUGAGUUGUCCGAAGAGGGUUUGAAUACCUAUCAUCUCCGUCUGAGGGAAUGA